GAACGUAGAAAUUAUCAAAGUUGAAUGUCGAUACUUGACCUGGAAUAACUCGUCUCAUAAGUAACUAUCAACAUCAUGGCUCCACCAUUUCCAAUCGAGAAGAGGGCGGUUGCUUAUUUGCGUACCAUUCCCACCAUUAACCUUCGAAAUAAUCCAAAUAUACCAGACCCUGGCUUACAGCUUGAGGAUAUUCAAAUUGAUUCCCAUCUGCGCAGCUAUGAGAAAUUUAUUCAUCUUGGAGUUACAGACACGCGGGAUCCUGGGAAACGUCAAUUUGAACUCAAGCUGUAUGCCAUAUCAGAUGAGGUGGACGAAGAAAGGACUCCCUCAUUUUCUCCAGCCAGCGAAGACGCAGUCACAUUACCAAGCGAAAUCGCCAGCAAAAGCUACAAUGCCAAACGCCAAGUUGAAAUAAAAGCCUACCUCCGAUAUAUCAAGAGUGGUCAUGAAACUAUCAAACAGCUUGAAGCUUUUCAUCAAUACCGCAAUGAAAGGGGCAAACUCAUGUUGGCCCAAUAUUUCAAGUUUUGUGACGUUGGAAAUGUCAAACAACUCCGUCGCGCCUACGUCAUCCAAAGAAGUCGGCUACCCGAAGCAUUCAUAUGGAAACUCUAUCAUAAGAUUAUUGAUGCGCUGGCUUUCCUUCACAAUGAUCAUCCGAAGUACGAUAAUGAUCCUUUACACAAAGGUCGCAAGUCAAUAAUCGUUCCAGACCUUGAUGCCGAGAAUGUAUAUCUUUGUUGGCCCGAAGGUGGAUCACAUAGUUUGGUGUAUCCAGACAUAAAGUUGGGAGACUUCGACACGGUAAAUUUUGUUGAUUUCGAAGGUGGGUUUCUGGAGGAGGACAUCACCGGUAUCGAUUACAGACAUAACCCCCCCGAAUUAAAUUGGUGGAGUGCCAAAAGUGAUAUUUGGCGUGCCGGCUCAAUUGUAUACUCACUAGUUUCUCAAUUAAGGACGACUACUAAGCUCGCUAUUCCCAAUGGCAAAACUUUUACAGAUCUUACGGAGGAGGACCAGAGGAGAAUCACAAUGGAUCCCAGAAGAGUACAGCCUAUCGACCACAUGUACAGUGGAGAGUUUGAAGCUAUGCUUCAAAGAUCCUUAGUGCUUGAUUAUAAAGAAAGACCAUCCGCCAGAGAAUUGCUACAAGAACUUGAAGGUCCGGCGACAGAGAGAGCGCUUAACUCGGACUUGUUUAGGGCAUUGCCUGGUUGGAUUGUAGAUGAUACCAUCCCGGGAAAGGAUAAUAAGUUCACAGAAGAACAUACUUUCUCCCAGGAAAGGCUCAAGCAAUUACUCCAACCAGGUGCAUUGGAAGCAGAGAAAGUGGUACAGAAGAAAAAAUUGGCAGCGGAGAAACAAGCGAUAAUUGAUGAAGAUAAACGAGUGGCCGCACGAGCAGAGAUGGUUCGUGACAAUCCAUCAGCCUUUGAUCGGUUUUAUGGGGACUGGUUACCUAGAGAGUUAGAAGAUGGGAAUCUCACUGAUAGGGACUUUCCGCUUGAUGAAUAUGCAGAAGAAGCUAUAGCAUUUGUAAUGGUCAGACGCAGAGGAAUAGAAGCCGGAACUUGGAUUGAUCCAGGUCCAACUUGGCAAGAAAUAAAGAAACUCGACCAAGAAGCUAAGGAUGCAGCGGCUGCUCCCCCACCUUAAACGCUCUCUACAUUGCGUCGUUUUUAUAUCGUUAAAUAUACUCAACUUGGUUGAGGUAUUAGUAUCCA